CGCUGUCUCCUCUCCAACAGUGCGUCAGGGUUUAGUGUAGCGAUGUGGAAGCAAUCCUUCGCCGACACCGCCGCCGCCGUUGCUGUCGCCGCCGCCGCCCGUAUAUCCACUUCAAGGCGGUGGAUUUCCACGGCUGUUGAUGUGAACUUCGAAAUCCGCCGCGCCGUGGAAGAGAGUUUCAGAGAAGUCUCCAUGAUUUCCCCACCCCCGAAGAAAGUCAAUCCACCGCCGCCGUACUCUAUCGUGAAGGGGGCGCUUAAACGUAGCGAGGGCCCUCUUCUCCGGCGGGUGUAUGGGGAUGAAGAAAUCACCUUAUCAGUUGUGCGCCGUGCCCUUGCCUUACCAUCGCAUGAUUCAAGCAAUGGAGAUGGUGCCGAAGAUCAUAGCCCUGGCUUCAUCAGCGACCUAUUGCUUCACGUGGGUGUGUCGAGGGGACGAAGCAACUCACUUCUUUUUCUCUGCGGGCUUUAUCCGGAUUCUGUUGGAAUCCACUCGGUCUGCCUGCUAUCUAAGCUUAACCCUGACUCGUACCAGGGCCGCGUCUUCAUGGAGUUGGACGAGAAACUGAGGGCCCAACUUUCUCGAUAUCUAGAAGAUCGUGGAGUUGAUGACAGACUUUUCCCAUUUGUGCAAGCUUGGCUAUACCUUAAGAAUCAUCACAAUCUUGUGAAUUGGUUUGGGAAGCUCGGUCAAUUUGUCAAUGACAAAAACCAGCAUGAGUUAGUUCACUUGGAAGUUUGCAAAGACAAGGAUGAGACCAAGGCAAACGUGUUACCCUGAGGUGGUGUUUGAGUGAUCGAUGGGAAGACAAUGGAAAGAGAAUCUGAAAGAUUUUCUAUGCUGGAAGUAUUCAGAUAGCUCUCCAUAAUGUUUUGGUUUCCUCUUCUAAUCACAUCUGUAGCCUGAUUUGAUGAGUUAUCGUAAUGGGGAACUGCAUUACUUGUGUUGAUCUUCCGUGUGGUGAAUUAAAACUUUCGGCAGUGAACUAGUCCAGUAGGGAUGGUCCCACUUGGGUUGUAUUCAUGAUAACCUUUCUAGUUAUCAUCAUAGGUCUAAUAUUCUUGCGAACAUUCCUCCAGCUGAUUGUCUAACAUUGUAGUUAAAAGAAACUGUGUUAUGUCUUUUAGCUUUUGCAGGUUUUUAUCACGUCGUUAAUUUUUUUUCUUAAUGUUUGAUUUUUCUAAUUCAACAUCUCUAACCCUUCCAUCUUUAUAUUUUCUUAUGAUGCCUUUGAGUGGGUAGUCAGGGAAUCUCAUUCCUUUGUUUUUUUUAAUCCAGGUGUCUAGGCGCAUCAUCUGUCUUGGAAGUUGAUGGCCCUCCCAUUUAUUCGCCCAUCGGUAUAUCUGCGAACACAAUAGUAAUACAUCGUCGAUAGAUCCCUCCAGUCAUGCUAUCCUUGUAAAGUGGUUCAAUGCUGAAUUGUGUACUCGGUCUGCAAAGGUAAACUUUCAAUUUUUUCUGCUCGUGGAUAUUUCGAAUGGGGCUGCCAAGCAUAGGUUUUUCUAGCAAAUUCAUUAUCAACGCAUGCUCGAGUAGAGUAUCGAAUUGUAGUCUUCUUGAUUGACGCCAAAUGCUCUUGUCGUUGCACUAUGGCCGUGGGGGCAUCUCAUUCCUCUUCUCGUGGUAAAAAGAUGAUAACCCUUACCCUGAGAGCUACUUCAAGACCAUCCUAAAUAUAUUAGAAGGGAGUAAAUCUCGGGACCAUUCGGCGAACCUUUCUCUUUUUGAUAGUAGAUAGUGACUCUUGUAAUGCCCUGUUAUGUGCCCAAAAAAAUGAAAAAAUAGAUUUCUUCUUGGU